AUUUUAACACCGACACAAUCUCUUUUCUUAUAUUGUUCAGCUAAUCUAGAUAGGUGUUCAUCAUAUAGUUUUCUUUUUUUAUUAGCUGUUUCUAAAUAAUUAUCUGUCGCUUUACGUCUUACAUUUGCAUUUACGUUGUAGAUCAGUCAAAUCUGAGAUUCAAUCAGCCUUCAGUCAUUCAUCAUUCAUUAUUUUUGAGGAAAGAAUGAAGCGAACAGUGUAAAGAGACUUUAAAGGCUAGUGUGAUUAGUUUACGACUGAAAAUACCAUUAAUUUUCUUCUGUUAUUCUCUUAUUCUGGGUGUACUACAUACCUUAUUCACAUUGCAUCAUACUCUGUUCGACAGUUGUGCGUGUGUACGUCCAAAUUAAUGAUAGUAUAUAUAGUCUCUACUUUUGCCAAUUUGUCGAAACACUUCAAAUUAAUUAUGGCGUCUCUUCGUCUACUACACAACCAUCUUCUUCCAUUUCACCUACAACUCUUUCUUCUGCUUGUACUUCUACUUUACCGUCAGAUACACAUGAAAAAAAAUUUUAUGAUGAAGUUGAAAAAUAUGUUAAUUCGUUACAACAGAAAUAUCGAGAUAAAACUUUCAUAAAAAAACAAACGUGUGAUGACAUUUUGAAAGUUUUGUUACUUCCAAAAGAUAAGACUGGAGACUCUUCAUCUGUUAAAUUUAGAUUUCGGUGCAGGCAAAAAUUUUCUAUUGUGAAACUUGCUGGUAUUGACGUUGUCUAUUGUACAAAAAGUAAAAAACCGAUUUGUGUUUAUGAGUCAUUGUUUAAUAUCAUAAAAGAAUGUCAUGAAGCUGUUUCCCAUGGAGGAAGAGAUAAAACUUUGGCAGAAGUAAAUUCACAUUAUUCAUGGGUACCAAAGAUUGUUGUUGAAAUUUAUCUCAAAACGUGUAUUGCAUAUCAAGUACGAAAACCAUUAAAACAUCCGGUUGUAUCGAAACCAAUCAUAUCUUUGGGUGUAAUGACAAGCUUGCAAAUUGACUUAACAGAUAUGCGUACAAGACCCGAUUUUGUAAGUAGUGAUAUCGUUUAUUCCUGGACUCUUCAUUGUAUCGAUCAUUUUUCAAAAUUUACAUUUGCUUAUCCGCUGAAAAAUAAAUCACCUGUUGAGGUUACGUCGAAACUUCGUGCAUUGUUUUUUAGUUUUGGUCCACCACACUUAUUACACUCGGAUAAUGGUGCAGAAUUUGUUGCUCAAGUGAUUGUUGAGCUUAAAACACUUUUUCCAGAUAUGUGUUUUAUUCGAGGAAGACCACGACAUCCACAAUCACAAGGUUGUAUAGAACGUGCUAAUGGUGUUUUAAAUGGUCUUCUCCUAGUUGUUUACGGUAUAAAUACUAGGGUUUCAUCAACAACAAAAACAACACCUUAUGAAACAAUGUUUGGGCAACAACCACGCUCAAAUUCUGAUUUUUGGAAAAUAGUUAAAGAAAAUCGUAUAGAAGAUGAAGAUCAGUUACCAACUCCAGCGGAAAGUGAAAAUAUGGUUGAACCGUCUAUCAUAAUUGAAACUCAAUCAGAUGAUUUUGAUAAUGAGAUACGAGAACAUAAUUUAAACGUUAGUAAUUUGAUUCCUGCAAUGUUUCCACUUCUAGAUAUUAAUGAUAGUGCAAAUGCAUCCCAUGUUCUUUCUGGUUCUCUUCUUGAUCUAUCUUCGUCUUUCUGUAUUAAUUAUCAUCAACCUCAAUCAACUACAACAAAUUCAACAACACCAGAUCUUAUUGCUUUUGAUUCUCCUCCACCACCAUCUCGAACACUAACAACUUUUCCUCAAUCAAAUGGUCUAGCAAGUAAUGUACUUAGUUUAAAUGGUAACACUUCCACAAUUCUACAAGGUCAAACAAGUUUUAUUAAUUCAUUUGAACCUACGAAUAUUUUUGAUGAAUUUCUGGCCUGUUCAUCUCAACAUACCAAUUUAGUUUCGAUUUCGGCUUCGCAUUCACAAACCUCCCCUUCAACCUUAACAGCAUCUUAUUUGGCAACAUCAUCGUCACUACCACCGCGACAUGCAGAUGCAAGACGUAAAGCGGCAGAUAAUAAUUUAGAAACAGCUAAUAAAAAAAGAAAACUAUAUGAUGAACACCUAUCUAGAUUAGCUGAACAAUAUAAGAUUUUAAGAUAA